UUCAUCUCACAGCAUGCCUAUGGUCCAUAGGCUAUGGAAUGUGGGAGGAAACUUGAUCACCUGUAAAAAAAUGUUCGGGUACUCAGAAGGCACCCAACGAGGUACUGUGCUAGAGAUACAGUGUAGCGACGCUAAUGUGGCACCCUGUAGUACAAUUCUGCACCUGACAGCGUUUGGUGUUUUCAAGUUUGAUUUCAGUCUGGCGAAGCUGCUGGAAUUAGUGCGUGUGUUUUGCGAAAUAGACUUAAUUGCUGUAAUAAGGUCUAGUACAAUGGAUCUGGUUGCUAGACAGGGUGACGGAGCACACGCUUCUUACUUUAACUUGAGAGCGACAGGUGAGAGGCACAGACUGUUUUUUUUCUCUGUCUCUCUUUUUCAGUGUCGUGAAUUUCCCCCAAGAAAAUGAAAAAGACGUGCUAGUUGAAUGCAAUUAUGUAUAGUGUAUAUUACGCAGUUUGCACUCCAUGCCACUGGAAAUACCAGUUUAAAAUGUCGAUAGUUGCGGAAUACAGCUUUUCAAGAGACUAGGAUGUAAGCCAUCUUUAACGCUCGUCUCCAUUGGUCACCAGCAGGCUCAGAGUAAACGGAAGUUGUAUGUGGAGGAGUUGGUGCCCGAACGAGUCAGACAGGUGGCGGUUGGUGGGUUUUAUUGCUGCUCGCGUUAACUUGGUAACAACAAUGCUUGUCAGACAAGACAAACAGUUGCUCGCUGGUUUCUGAUUUGUAUGUUUUAUUGUAUUCCUGUAUUUACAUCCCCAGCACUAAGUUAAGGACGGGGUGGCUGGUGUACAAGGUCAUGCGAUUUAGUCUAUACCAGCUGAUGUGUAAUGGAGGACACUACGGGAAGAGAGUCGCCUAUGCUUCACCUAGACUUGUACAACUUCGAGUCGGCCGAGGCAGAGGGUAGUAGGUAUGUGCUGACCAGCCCUCGGUCACUGGAGGCGUGUGCCAGGCACGAUAUUAGGCCUGUUGUGCUCCUUCACAAACCAUUAACGGAGUUCCAAGAGGAGCAUCCAGAGACGCCUCUGCGGCUGGUCACGGAACUGUUUGAGAUCCAUGAAAAGGAACGGCGCAGAAAUCUGAGAUUGUGCAGGGAGGAGAGGCAGAAGAUCGUGGAAGAAGAAAAAUGCAGGAGAACCCCAAUUCCAACAACUGUGUCUGCUUGGUCCCCCAGAGUAGUGGCCGCCAUCGAUAACGGAGAUAAAACGCUGGAGGACCACUUCGAUGCUGGAGAAAGCCCAGUGCCAUUCGACGCGUCUCCCCCCAGAGCCAGAGCCCUAACGUGGGGUUAUUUGUCAGAAGUGAAUAAAUCUGUCUCUGAAAUAAAUCGCAAAGGAGACGCAUUAAAUGUUAGUGUGCAAACCGCUCCGCCAAAAAGUGUCAGUAUCAGUGACCUGAGUCACUCACCUGCAACUGAAAAAACUGUCAACAAACUUGCAAGACAGAUAGCCCGUGAGACUAAUGUCUCCGUCCCGGAGAAAGACCGAAAAAUCGCUGCGCUUAUGUUGGCAAAACACGAGGAGGAAAAAUCUUUUUUGGAACAAAAACUAAAAGCGCAGAAGCGAUGGGAUGAGAUUAAACAUAAAGACAGGCAGCAGAAGAUGCAGUUGGAGAGGGAGAGACGCCUGUGUCUGUCUAAAAACAACGAAAAAUGGGAGAGGGAUUUAAAACUGAGGAAACUAAAAAUAUUCCUGGAAGAAAAACAAAUCUCGGACGUCCGAGAAAAAAUUCUGACCCAGAAUGAUGCAAAAUGGAGAGAACUUGCCAGGAAUCAGGAGAAAAGGAGGAUAGAAAACAGAGAGAGGGCCAAAUAUGAAGCUGAUCUUAAAAAACGCACCCAAGAGCAGUCGCUGAAGGAAAAAGAAGCUACAAAUGAAACAGCUCGGGAAUAUCUAAAUCAGAGCUUGCAAGAAAAAAUGUCAAAGGCUACUCAAAAUAGACUCCUGAAAGAAAUGAAAACUCAUAGGAGGAUGCAGGUAGAAAAUGAGCAUGAGAAGCUUAAGAAUGAAGUAUUGAGAAAAGAGAUCAACAACCGGACUAAGACAGAUGAGCUUCUGAGAAAAAUGGCAUUAGAACAAAGACUGAACAGGUCACAGGAAUAUCACCAGCAGAUAACUAAAGAAAAGAUUAAAGAGCUUAAAGAGAAAGCUGUAAGGGAAGAUGAACAAAUACUAAAAGCCAGACUUAGAGCAGAAGAACAUCAACAGCAGCAGAUGAGAUACAGAGAGGCUUUGGCACAGGUAACGGAUAAGAAGAUACAGCAAGCAAGGGAAGCAGCUAUCAAGAAUAUUCAGCAGAAGGCACAUCAGGUGAAGAAGAUCAACACAGAGAAAGAGAAGCUUCACCAGCUUAAGAAGGAGAAAGUUGAAGAGGAGGAACAGUUCCACAGACUGGAAACCCAAGAAGUUAUUAGGAGUAAAGAUAAAAAGAGUGAAAAAAUUAUGAAAGAGAAAGAAAUCAAAGUAGUAGAAUCCAAAAGACGAGCAAGGGCUUCCUUUCAGAUGAGAGAGAAAGUGAGGGAAAAAAUCAACACCCGAUCCUUUGACCAAAUGGCCAGAGAGGCCCAGCUUAGGGCCAGCCUCAUUAAAGUAAAUUAAUAUAAAACAGUAGCAGACUGCAGGUUGCACUUCCCUGGGAUGAAGACUUCUGUGCAGUGAGACACACUGUGAUUUCUUGCACUUUGCAGGGGUCAUACACCUCAAGGAGGCAUUUUAUGUAUGUGUGUGUGGAGGGGAAAUGUCUGAAUUCAAUAUAAAAAUAUUUUUAUGCACUAAUUCAGUUGAGACUAAAAUGUACACAUGAAAACUAAUGUAUCUUGAUUUGAUUGGGUUCAGUUUCAUGGGACAACUUUGUCACAGAGUACUUGUUCACAGUCCUGCAAAGUGUAGAAAAUUGUAGACUUAUAACUUUUAUGCAAAACUGUAGAUGUCAGCAUUCACCAGUAUAUGCAUAGUACUUUUUGCUGCAGCAAUAUGGCUAGCUUUACUGGGUCUGACUGAGCUGAGUGCAUAGUUUUCAGAGCGUGUCACAAAAGCAUGAUAUGCUGAGAAGGCUGUCUAGACAAUUAUGUGCAACAUUAAUUGCUCAGAAACUGAACUUGUGCAUUUAAAAUUGAUUUUCUUUUUGCAGCUGUAGGCAACAACCACUGAAAAUAUUGUGCACAUUAAGAGUGUAGUGGCAGUGUUUGGAGAUAGUUGUACAUUAUUUCAAUGUGCUGACAUGCAGGCAGACUUGAGGUUGUAAAUACGUAGUGAAAUUUUCUGGCUACACUCCUGUUUAAUGACACACAGUUUUCAAAUUAAAUUUGGGUGUUAGUUGACUGUAGUUAUUUAAUAUACAAUGCUUAAGCUUAAUUAUCUACGCAGAAUAAGCUUUCCUUGUGUAAAUGCUUUUUUCACAUCUUGUAUUUUACUGCAAACUAAUUUUCUUCCAGAAGACAACUGCAGUCACAACAGUGUUAUCUGCAACUGUGCUGUGCCAGUAAGUUUCAUAUUUGCCCAGUUUGGUUUGUAAAACAGUGCUUCCAUUCUACUCUGUCACUGUGCAGUGUUUUGUCUUUCAGAUAACUUUAACAUUAAAGACUGCAUUAGUUGAACUUUGUAAGACUCUACACUUGUAUCUCAGCCCAGAGUUUAACAUUUUGUCUUCUCUUCCUUUAUUACUUACAAACACAUUUAUUCUCUGAUGUAUUUUCCCUAGUUGCUUGCCAGUACUUUAUAUUAUUUGUAGCAGUAUGUAUUUAGUGUGUAGCUGAUCUAAUUAAAGUUUUUCUAAAACCACAUUGAGAUGAGCAAUAGAGCACUUCAGCAUGCACUGAGAUGAUUUUUUUAUGUAAUAAAAACAAGCCAUUUUUGAAAAGUAUUUUAUGGGGUGCAUUGGCAGUAGAACUUUCAUAUGUGGUUCUGCAGAAUCUAGUCCUAUAAAACUUUCUGACCACAUGUCUACUUUUGUUAAAGGUAGUAGCAAGUCAUAGUCUGGACUAAAGUUAUUUGGAUUAUAGCUUUAGUUUGUAUGCAUAAUAGUAAAAUUGCUGUAGAGUAAUUAUUACAGUUGAAUCCUGCUGUCAUUUAGAUUGCAUGACUGAUAUACUUUUUUUAAUAGAACCAGAAGUUCUUGCUUUACUUCAAAAGUUGUUUCUACAUAUGUGGUACAUUUGAUAUGUUGUAAUGUGCUGAAUCCCUAGAACACUGUGUUAAAAAUAUUCAUAGUAGGCCCACCUGUGUGGGUAAACAUGCACAUGAUCCCUUACAAGUACAUUGUUUCCAUUACUUUUUUUGCCUAAUGUUUUUCCUUUCUGUAAUUGGUACCAUUGUUGCAGGGAGAUACUGUUGUUGCACUCUUUUGAAAUGCAUCCAUCAUCACAGAUGAUAUGAACUGCUACUCAUAAUAAUAUAAAAAGUGGAAGAUCUAGCCCAUUCGUAUAUCUGUGGAGGGAGAUGCCAAACGCUUGCAGCAGCUGUGGAAUGUAGCAUUUUAUCCUAGUUUAGUUUCCCCAAAUGUUUAUUUUUUUUCCAAAGCAGUGUCAGGACAUAUUAAAGUAAACAAAAUCAAUGUGCUAACAGCAAUCAUCCCUUAACUUUUUUGGGAUUACUUUUAUUAGUAGCACUUUUGAAUAUGUUCAGAACUUAUUUUGUAUUAUCCCAGUUGCUGUCAGUACAUUAGGAAUAAUCUUUGUACCCUUGUCCAACAGUGGUAUCCUUGUUCCAUAUUGCUCCAGUUUCUAUCUGUAUAUCUUGAUUUUAUGUCACUGACUGCACAGGACAGAUUAUCUCAUGGAUACUAAGGCUACCCUUUCAUAGAGGAUCUUGCCAUGUAUGGUACAUUUAUUUCUGUUUUGAUCAUGUCAUAUCUUUAUUUUUUUCUUAAUGCAGUGGUAACAGUGGGCAAUAGUCAUGUCAGGACAUAGUUAACGUUCAUGAAAUCAGUUUGCUUCAGUCUUUGUUGUUUGGCAGGAGUGCUGUGUGCCCAUACCGGUCCCCUCCCUCCCUCACCAAAUAUUAAGGAUUUGUAAUGCUGGGUAAUAAUGAACCGUAUUCUUAAUAGCAUGCAAUUAUAAUUUUUUUUCAUUCUUUGCUGUUGGCUAGGGGUGCUGUUCUCAGCACAUUCCAGUGUACCCAGCAUUGUUUCUUUUCUGUAGUUCAUAUGGUGUUAUCUGUAUUGAUGAUAUUUUAAUGUGUUUGAAAUUUCUUUCUUGUCAGCCUGGAAUUGUGUUGAAAUUGUGUAUUAUCAGUGAAUAUUUUGUUUUGAACUGUAAGGUUGUGCUUUGGUAUGUAACUACUUUGAUAUGCAACUUUUACUGAAAGUUGCAUAAUUAUAAAUGGCUUCUUUUGGUUGCACUGUCAAAUGUUUAUCCAUAUAUGAGGAUUUUGCCAUGUGCAGCAUAUUUGUAGGUGUAAUUUUCAUUUUAAAUUUUGUAUUUUUAUUCUAUUGUAGCAGGAGUAAACUCCAGUACUAAGCUAAAUCAUUGUUAAAGUUUUUGAAAUUAAUAUUUUUUUCAUUGUUCUCUUGCCAUAUCUUGAUUUUAUAUGUUAUGUUAAACAAGUAUCCAGUAAUUUUUGAGAUAAUUUGAUCAUAUUAAAUGUAUUUGAUACAAUAGAAUGCUCAAUUUGAUUUAUAGUGUGGACUUUCUUUCUAGGUGUCAGCAGUUUUUUAAAUAAGUUUGUCAUCUUGAAGUGUUCCUUACAUAACUUGUUUCCUCUUUUGUUCAGGUUGUGUGAUGAGUCUUUUUGUUGCCAGAUGUUUAUCUGUAUCUUCUUGUUCCAUUUUUUUAUGUGAUAUUGCUUCCCCAGGUUAAUAUUUUUUGUGACAUAUCCGUUUUCCUGCUGUAAUUGUGCAUUUGUACAUUCAAGGCCAGGUGUCAUCCUUGCAUCAUUGAACUUCCACUGUACAGCUUAGGUCAUCCCCAAAAAGGAAAUGGAUUUUUAUUGAACUCAACCAUCUGUAUAUGUGUUCCAGUUUAGUUUGUUAAUUAAACAGUUUUAUAUGUGUUUUAUAGGUAAGCAAGCUAUUUAGACCAAGGGGUCCUCCUCUCUCAUCAUAUGCUGUGUGGAAAUAGCUUUAGAAAAACAAUGGAUUGAGGGUAAUGCAGACAGCAAGGAUGUUGAUCACUAUUUAAUACUUCUUGUUACAUUUUUAUGCAUUUUGCAUCUCUAGUUGUAAAAGUGAUGUGCCAUUUUUUCAUAGUUAAUAAUGUGUUUUAUAGAAUGCUGUAUAUUCUUUUUCUUGUAUCUCUCCUGGUAAUUGCUGAAGUUGUAACCCUUUUUUGACAGACCUUUGUUUUGGCUUUAGUAAAAUAUAACUAGACUCUUGA